GGUUUAAAAAAAGAAAUUGAGAAUUUUUAGGCCCGUGUAUAGGAUAGUACUAUUCAUGGUUAGCAUGACAAAGUGACAAGGCAAAUGAGUUUAAGUAAGAUGUAGGGAUGCUAAGAUUAGGGCAAACAAAACAAACGCGGAAAGAAAACAGAUUUCAAGUGAAAGAGUGCAAAGACGAAAAUAAGUGUUUCUCGUGACAAUUGUAUUGUUAAGGACAUUUAGAAGUUUUGUCUGAUGCACCUAAUUCCAGACGGUGGCAGCAAUGCAACAACACGAAUACCAAAUGCGGUGAGGAAACGUCACAGUAACACGAUGAGCAGUGAAAAAUACCCCAGAUCUUCAAUUGAAGAUGACUUUAACUACGGUACCAACGUGGCUACAGCGAGUAUCCAGAUACGUAUGGACUUCCUAAGGAAGGUGUACACCCUUCUGAGCUUGCAGAUCAUCUUGACCACAGGCAUCUCUGCUCUCUUCAUGUUCUGUCAACCCAUCAAAGAUUUUGUCCACAGCAGUCCUGCUGUGGUUAUGGUUUCGGCUCUGCUUUCUCUGGUUCUUUUGCUGAUGCUGGCCAUAUAUAGGCAGCAACAUCCAUUCAAUCUCUACCUGCUACUAGCAUUUACUCUGCUGGAAGCAGUUUCCAUGGCAACAGCUUUGACCUUCUAUGAAUACUCUACAGUACUGCAAGCCUUGUUUUUGACCUGUGCUGUAUUUAUUGGACUAACAGCCUACACCUUUCAGUCAAAGAGAGACCUGAGCAAAAUGGGAGCAUGGCUUUUCACCUGCCUGUGGAUCCUCAUCAUAGCAAGCUUCAUGAGGUUUUUCUUCAACACUAAUAGUACGGAAUUGGUCCUGGCUGGUGCUGGGGCACUUGUCUUCUGUGGCUUCAUCAUCUAUGAUACCAACAUGCUGAUGAAGCAGCUCUCCCCUGAGGAACACAUCUUGGCCUCCAUCAACCUCUACCUGGACAUUGUCAACCUCUUCCUGCAUAUCCUGCGUGUUCUUGACUAUAUGAAGAAGCACUGAGAGCUGUAGCAUCACAGCCAACGGCUUUACUAGUACUGUACUAACAUAUUGUUGUCAAUUCUAAAAUCCUCGCAUCCUCAAAAUUCACGUUAUGCCUGUGCUGGGAUUACUGCCUCUUUGUGUGAGUGUUAAACUACAGAGUAGCAUUUUAGUGAUGUAAUAAUAAUGAUAAUGAUGCCAACACCCUCUGUGUUUAAUGUAUCUAAUGUGCUUGGUAAUUAGUAGUUUCUGGCUGCAUUGCAUAUUCCUUUAAUGAAAGCUUUAAGUGCAAUAUCUGUGAUUGUACACAUUAAAAUUUAUGUUGGAUAUUA